UUACAUCACAUCAGCCACAUCAUAGGAUCCAUGGAAGGGUACAAUGUGUCGUCCACUGACUUCACUUUCCUGGGGCUGUUCAACACAGAGGAAACCUCGGGUCUUGUGUUUGCCACCAUCUCUGUCAUCUUCCUCACCGCUCUGGUGGCCAACGGCAUUAUGAUCUUCCUGAUCCACACAGACCCUCACCUCCACACCCCUAUGUACUUCCUCCUGAGCCACUUGUCCUUCAUCGACAUGAUGUACAUCUCCACCAUUGUGCCCAAGAUGCUAAUCGACUAUCUGCUAGGGCAAAGGACCAUUUCCUUUGUGGGAUGCACAGCUCAACACUUCCUGUACCUCACCCUUGUGGGAGCUGAGUUCUUUCUUCUGGGCCUCAUGGCCUAUGAUCGCUACGUGGCCAUCUGCAAUCCGCUUAGGUACCCUGUCCUCAUGAGCCGCCGAAUCUGUUGGAUUAUCAUCGCAGGCUCCUGGUUUGGCGGGUCUUUGGAUGGCUUCCUCCUCACCCCGAUCACCAUGAGUUUUCCUUUCUGUAGUUCGCGAGAGAUCAAUCACUUCUUCUGCGAGGCGCCUGCUGUGCUGAAGUUGGCAUGCGCAGACACAGCCCUCUACGAGACAGUGAUGUAUGUCUGCUGCGUUCUGAUGCUGCUGAUCCCUUUCUCCGUGGUUAUCGCGUCCUAUGCCCGGAUUCUGGCCACGGUCUACCACAUGAGCUCUGUGGAAGGGAGAAAGAAAGCCUUUGCUACCUGUUCCUCUCACAUGACCGUGGUGACCUUGUUUUAUGGGGCUGCCAUUUAUACGUACAUGGUGCCACAUUCUUACCACUCGCCGUCCCAAGACAAGAUUUUUUCUGUGUUCUACACCAUCCUCACGCCCAUGCUGAACCCUCUCAUCUACAGUAUGAGGAACAAGGAUGUGGCUGGAGCUCUGAGAAGGGCACUGGGGAGGUUCAAGAGCUCUCACCCAGGGUCGGGAGACUUUUGA